GAUAGUUUCCUAAACAAACGGUAAACUAAAACGUGUGCAAGGAAUCUAUAUAAUGUUGUAGGUUUUCCAAACGACACAAGUGUGUCGGUAAUACUAUAAAUAUCACACGCGGUUAACGGAGUCCUGGGAGGGAGUUGACUACGCGGAACGCCCACUUUUACCCACAAUCCCCGGGGAGACGGACUGCUGCGCACGAGCGAGCCUCAAGAGAAAGAGAAGAGAAGUUGAGCUAAGCAUUUGGCACCAUUAAAAACACUGAGUGCAACAGCAUGUGCUUAAUUUGCAUCUCUAAUGCCGCAAACCAGUGAGCUUCAUGUCACUAUUUGCCCUAAAGUGAGACGACCUCAACCUAUUUGUAUUGGCCCUGACAAGUAUAAAUGCCAGUUCUGCAACAGGAAGGGGGAGUAUGCUGCGCUUGUGGCUCACGUACAAACCCAUGAGAAAACAGCGGUUGAAUUUCAAGAAAAAAAAAUCUACAAAUGCAACCUAGGAUGCAGGAAAAACAGCCACUACCAUUGCUGCUGCAAGAGGACUAUAAUCUCUCGGAAUAACUUUACCCAACAUAUACACAAGUGCAGAUUAUCCUUAAACACGCAGGUGCCCACACUGUCUGGUUCUUCAUUGGUCUCCAGCACAUUACCAGCAUUGCUUGGUCACUCUGCCUUACCUGUCAAUACCUCAGUCUCUAUAUGCAGUGACAAUAAUGGCUCAGACCCUCAGUGCGGUAAAGACGGUGCCACAGGGACCUUCAAUGUGAUGUCACCCAGCCCUCUGUUUUCUGCUGCGUCUCUGACCGUCUCAAUUACCCCCUCAGACAGCAAAGAGUAUAUUAUGUCUGUCAACCCAAGUCACAGUCUGUGUGCUGCUAGCUUUAAAGAACAGACACCAAGGGCCACAAGAAUCACAUGUCGCUUUUGCAAUUUAAGUCUGAACAAGAAAAACGUCAAAUCACACAUGCAAAGGCGACACAUGUCGGCGAAUCCGGACUUGCUGCAAAUGAAUGGAAUAAGCCAUACACACAUAGCCUCUGGCAACAUGGAAGAUCUGAUAGCAGAAGGAAUUACACUUAAGAUGCUCAGUGAUGUUCGGGAGACAGUCAUGAGCAGCCCUUUGGGAGUGAUCAAAACACCCAUGAUCCUUUGUUGCCAGACCACACUGCAACUCAAGGUGCCCUGCAAUGUCUAUUUAAAGUUGGAGAACAUGCAAAGGACAGGGUCAUAUAAGAUUAGAGGCGUCGCAAAUCAAUUUUCCCAAAGAUCCAGUGGGGGCAAUUUCGUCACAAUCUCUGCUGGGAAUUAUGGGAAGUCCUUUGCAUAUGCCUCUAAACACUACGGAACUAAAGGCAAAGUGGUGAUGCCUGAAACGGCUCCAAUCUCCAGGUCUCUGCUAAUAAAAAGUUUUGGCCUCGAGGUCGAACGAGUCCCAACUCUGUGUCAAAUGGACGUUGUGAAUCGAUGUGUUCAAGAGGAAAAAACUACUUUUCUUCAUCCCUACAAUGAUCUGGAUGUCAUAGCAGGACAUGCCAGUCUGGGCUUAGAGAUCCUGGAGGUGCUUCCUAAUCCUGAUGUUGUAGUAGUGAGCUGCGGUGGGGGGGCUUUACUGGCUGGAGUAGCAGCAGCCAUUAAACUUUCUGGUUGUGACGAAACAAGAAUGUAUGGAGUGGAACCAGAAGGAGCAUGCACCAUGUACAAAAGCUUCAUUGAGAAAAGGCCUGUUGCCAUGGACAGCAGAAGCAUUGCCUCUGGUCUUGCUCCACCAUCUGCAGGUGCCCUGCCGUAUGCAUUGUGUCAAAAGUACGUGGAGGAGAUAGUGUUGGUGACUGAUGAUGAGAUCAAGUCUGCCGUUUCCACUCUCUACGAAGCUGGUCUAGUUGUAGAACCGUCAGGAUCAGCUGCAUUUGCUGCCCUUGUUAACAACAGGAUACCAGACAUUGACAGCAGGAACGUUGUUGUAAUCCUGAGUGGGGGGAACAUCAGCAAAGAUGAGCUUACCAGCUACCCAGACUGAUUUACACAAUAGCUCUGCCCAAGAUUGUAUGGCCUUGUUUUUUUUUUUUUUUUUUAAGGAGUUUUGAGGAGUGCAUAAAGACUUACAUGACAGAGCUAAAUUACAAUUAUUGUUGAUUUUUUAUAAAUGGAAAACACUAAAAUCAAGUAAGUUGUUGGCAUAAUAAACAAACUGUUUUCAAUUGCUGAAUUUCUGAUUUUUUUCCUACUAAUUCUGAUCAUUAUCCACCU